AGCUGUGUGAGCCGACGGCGGACAGCAGCGUCCGAAACGUGGUCAGGCUGCAGGAGGCGCCGAAGCUCUGAGUUUGUUGGGAAGCGAGUAAUUGGCCUGUAGUAAAGUUGUUUGUGGUGCUGGUAACUUUCUUUCUAUUUUUCUGCAAGGUACUUUUAAUUUGGGGGAAACAUUUUCUGACCGUGACACCAGCAGGUUGCCAUGGCCACGGGUCGCGGACGCGCUUUGGCCAGUUUCAUGCAGGGCGUCGAGAAGCUGAGGGAAGCCGGGUCCGGGUCUGGGUCUGGGUCUGAGUCCAGACGGGACCCCACCGAAAAGCUGCAGCAAGCCGAGUCCGGCUCCGAGUCCGACCGGACCAGACGUGGACGUCGCAUUGCAAAGCAUCAAAGCAGGGCGGCUGCCGCCUGCCAAAGCCAGGUCCGGUCUACCCAAAACUACCUCGACAGAAUGCCUCCCGAAGUCCUCCAGAAGCUACUUUUGCACCUAGAUGCUGCCUCCCUGUUUUGCAUUAGCCAUGUGAAUAAGAUGUUUUACGAGCUGGCCAACAGCAACUAUGUGUGGUACAGGAUGUACCUGCGUGAAUUUGAGACGAGCGCAUGGAAGCCCAGAAAAACGGAGGAAGUGACGGAGAGGAUGAAAUCUGCCUGCAUACAUGAGAGGGGGCAGGGCUACUGGAGGAAUGUCUACUUCAGGAAGAUGUCGGGAUACAGCGAGGAGCGCUGGAAGCUGCAGCUGAGGAGGCUGGACCCUUACACCGGGCUGUCCAGGGACACGGUGCAGGUGCUCAGGAGCCUGAACGUCUCGUGGGAGAUCACCAUGACCGACAAACAUGGGAGAGAAACCACUCUUGAACAGUCCCACGCCUACUUCUCCGACUCUGGGGUUACCCUGUGUUGGACCAAAGGCAGCUUCCCCUACUUGUACAAGAUCUCUUCACUGCAGCUGCAUGGUGUGCGUCGGAUGCCUCUGGGUGUCUCUGGCGUGAAAAGACCCGGCUGGCGCUCCCUGAUCUUCAAGGUGGACGGGGACGCAAUCCGGAGGACUGGCCAGUACUUCGGUUCCGACCAACUCAUCAAGCUGUUUCACCUGCACCCGGGACUGGUUAUCGCAGUAUGGAGGAGCCAUUGGUCCAUAGUAUUCAUCAUGGUGAACCUCCACUUCCACAGGCUGGUGGAGAGAAGCCUGCUGGGGACGUCAGUAUGCCCCUAUGUGGCACCAGAUGACAGACUGCCUCUUGAUGAUGUGGACCCCGAAUAUGGUCUCCAUGGAUACUCUCUGCACAUAUCUCUCCACAACACGAUGAACAUCAUCAUGUCGGGGCAUUUCCCUCAGCUCUUCUGCAGGAAAGGCCAGAUCCGAAAUGGCUUCAUAAAGCUGACGGCUAUCAGCAGGAAGAAUCUGUCUCAGCAAUCUGCCCUCUCCGGGAAAUUCAUCCUGCCAUGGAAGUCUGACUUUCUGGGUGGUAGUAUCGAGGACUGCUGCAUGAUGAAUCUGACUGUUUUUGAUGAGGCUCAGCAUCCCUUCUGGUGCGUCAGCGUACCUGUGACCAUGACCCUGUCUGACAAGGGCUCUGUGUCCUAUGACUUGAAUGGGGAGGACUUCUACAUCAAGCACCAGGAUAUGGACGGCAAGGUCAUGCUGGACCUGGUGUGGAUGAAGGAGCACUCGCAGUUCUUCCUUGUGCACCUUGUGGUCUACAUCUCCACCUCCAAAGUGAAUGAGCAUUUUGGACGAGAGUAUUGAGGCAGUCGCGUCUGGAACAUGGUUUCCUGUUUUGUUCUUUGAGGAACCAAACAGCCUUACAAAAUGUUUGCAUUGAGAUAACUGCUGACACAUCAUUUGUUUUAGUUUUUGUUUGUUUUUAACACAUAAAAUGUUAUAUUCCUAAGCUUCCAGUGGUUGAAGUUGAAAGAGGCAGUGAGGUUUGAUGUUGCUAUUACAAUGGCUACUGUAUUAGUUUUACUUUUGUUAGUUAAAAUGUUCUUUGUUUGAAAGAAGUCAUUGCAAUUUUUGUUGAUUUUUUUCAACGUUUCAGAAUUUUGGGGUUGGGUUGAAAUUUGUUCUAAAAUAAAUCCACUCCAGAAUGCAUAA